UUGGACAAUUCUAAGGAAGUUUACUGAUGCUUAACAGGUGCAUGAUGCCUUUUUUUUUCCGAUUUGAUACGUGCCUGUCGGUAUUCCUCUCCUCCGUUGUAGAUACCUAAUAAAGACUCGAUAUUGCGGUGUAUAGAAGCGGUAGCGAUAUUGGAUAAGGACUCAACUGGAGGUCUCUGUUAGGUAUGUAAGAUGACCUCAUCUGCGACCUAGCAACCGAUAAGCAGUCUUAUCAGUUCCUUGGCCGGAGGUGCCCCAUGCCGCCAAACCGGCUGCGUCUCAAAGGUGGCUGGCUUAGGGGUCUGUUGACAUGUCCACCCACACACAUUUCAUCAUCCCCAACCCUCUCUCUAUCGAGAACCCCUUUCCUCCAACCAACCCAGAUAGCUGGCUACCAAAGGCUACCAUAAGCUCGCGAUAAAACCAUGACCAGACACACUUCCGAGUCCUUGCGCCAGCGGCCUUCCAACAUGUCUCUUCGAACCGCCACCGCCCCAGCAACGUCGAGCCCUCUACACACGUCUCAACUCUCGAGCUUCGCCCACCCUUCCGAGUUCGAGACCGUGGCAGCCAUGUCCGACGCCGAGAAGGCCUUCGUCGUGGGCGAGCUGGCUCGUCACCGAUCCCUCACCCUGUGCGAUUCUUGCUACCGGGAUAUAGCGGAUCGUCGCACGAAGUCGCUCUCCUUCCAGCUCACCAGCGAUCGAGGCUCGUGCUCCUGCUGCGAUGUCCUCGCCUCCAAGCCCGAGGCCUUCACCGAGCCUUUCUGCAAGUUUUUGCAGGAGAAUCCCACCGUAUUCCACGCUGUCAGCUACUUCAAGGACAAGAUGAUAGCACUUGGUUACAAGGAGCUCCCUGCGCGCGACGAUUGGGCUGGUAAGCUCGAGCCGGGCGGCAAGUACUUUGUCACUCGGAAUGGCAGCUCUAUCAUCGGCUUUACGGUCGGAAAGGCGUACCGGCCCGGGAACGGCGUGGCCAUAAUUGCCGGCCAUAUCGACGCCCUGACCGCGAAGCUCAAGCCCAUCAGCAAGAAGCCGACCAAAUCCGGCUACGUGCAGCUAGGCGUCGCGCCCUACGCCGGCGCUCUGAACGAGACUUGGUGGGACCGGGAUCUGAGCAUAGGAGGCCGAGUCAUCGUACGGGACGAGUCCGGCAAAACGUCGAGCAAGCUCGUCAAGCUCGACUGGCCCAUUGCGCGCAUACCGACGCUCGCGCCGCAUUUCGGCGUCGGCAUGCUGGGCCAGAAUAACAAGGAAACCGAGGCGGUGCCGAUUAUCGGUCUGGAUAAUUCCGACAUAUACUCCUCAGACCCUAAGCCGGUCGAGACCCUCGGCCCAGUCGGCUCGUUUGCCGCCACCCAGCCGCCGAGGCUCGUGCAGUUGAUAUCUAAGGAGCUACGGAUCCAAGACUACUCGCAGAUCGUCGACUGGGAACUGGAGCUCUUCGACGUCCAGCUGGCGACGGUAGGAGGGAUGGACAGGGAGUUCAUCUUCGCCGGCAGAAUCGACGACAAGCUGUGCAGUUGGGCCGCAUUCCAGGGCCUCCUGGCGUCGGAGACGAACGAGGACGACGGGGUGAUCAAGCUGGUGGCGCUCUUCGACGACGAGGAGAUCGGCUCGCUGCUCCGGCAGGGCGCUCGGGGCAACUUCCUGCCGUCGACGAUCGAGCGGGCGGUGGAGGCGCUGAGCGGGGCGGCGGGGAAGGGGUUCGGGCCGGGGGUGCUGGGGCAGACGUACGCGCGGUCGUUCCUGGUGUCGGCGGACGUGACGCACGCGGCGAACCCCAACUUCGCGGGGCGGUACCUGGAGGAGCACGCGCCGCGGCUGAACGUGGGGAUCACCAUCUGCGGGGACAGCAACGGCCACCUGACGACGGACUCGGUGUCGACGGCGGUGCUGCGGCGCGUGUGCGAGCUGAGCGGCUGCACGGCCCAGGCGUUCCAGAUCCGCAACGACUCGCGCAGCGGCGGGACCGUCGGCCCGAUGCUGAGCAGCGCGCUCGGCGUCAAGGCGGCCGACGCCGGCAUGGCCCAGCUCAGCAUGCACUCGAUCCGCGCGACGUGCGGCGCGCUCGACCCCGGGCUCGGCGCCAAGUUCUUCAAGGGGUUCCUCGACAGGUGGGAGAAGGUGGACGGCGAGUGGCAGUGAGGCGGGGAGAGAGAAAGAGUGUGUAUGCGUAUGGAGCGUAUGUGGUGUGUUGAUACAGAGGGAGGGAGGGAGACGACAGCGGUUAGCAGGACGGGACCUCUUGCUCGUUGCGGAUUGGUUCCGCGUGUAUCGUCUGUCGAUUGGGUCUCCGGCACGAGAGGAGGGAGGAUUAGAGCAUGUACAUGUAGCCUGUAGGUUAUUCAGAAGCUGGGCGCUGAUCCCGCUACGCAUAUAGAGGUGGCGCGGCCACGACGAAGUCUUGUUUAAAGGUGUGUACAGACAAGGGGGUUACAGCAGGGCGAAAUAAAGGGUAUUUCCUCGAUACGGUGUAUUGCCUUCUCC